GCAGCAUCUGAUAUCGCUCGUCCUUGUGACCAUCGUGGCUUCGUCCCACACUACACUACAUUUCUCCCACCUUCGCGUCUAUCUCCCUCCUGCCCGUCAGAACGACAAGUAUUGCACCUAAAGAGUUUUACCACCAUCGGACGAUCCCGCCUCAAUUGACGACAUUGGCCGACGAAACCAUGGUUCAGGACUGCGAUCACCACCUCCGAUAGAGAUCCAGCGUCCAUUGUCGACUCGAUUCACGAUUCACGAUUCACAUACCUCAUUCUCUCUCGAUACGCAACGCCGACCUAACUCCUCAUCCAUCGCUUGUCUCGCUUCUCCCUCUUGGGUCGGUCUCCCUGGGCUCGCUGCCCCCCGUCAGACGACAUGGCGGCGCAAUCCAAGCUGCCCCCCAUCACGCCACGCCGCGACCGCACUGUCCGAAGCAUCGUCGCCCAGCUCACCUCUCUCUACCUCGACAACCGCACGCGCAUCUCGCGCGCCGUGUGGAUCACCCUCUUCGUGGCUCUCGCGAACCGCAUUCGCCAUGCCAUCUCCGAGCAGAAAGCCGCCUCCCACCGCGGCGCUGCUGCUGGCCAGCGGGACCGGGACUCUCGGGGUCGGGGGGCCGCGGCCUCCACCGGCGAAACAGACGACCCUGUGAAGAAAAAGAAGAAGAAGAGGGUCGAGCUGAAUCGCGAGUUCUUCGGCGCCCUCCUCCGUCUGCUCCGCAUCGUUAUACCGGGAUGGCGGAGCAAGGAGGCUCGGCUUCUCAUCAGCCACUCGUUCUUCCUCGUCGUCCGCACUCUGAUCAGCGUCAAGGUCGCUGCCAUGGAUGGUCAGAUUGUCAAGAGCCUGGUAAAAGGCAACGGCCGGGAGUUUUUGAAAAGGAUUGUGUGGUGGAUGCUGAUUGCCGUCCCGGCAACCUUUACGAAUUCCAUGCUCUCCUACCACCAAGCCGAACUCUCUCUCAACUACCGCACCCGUUUGACCCAGUACAUUCACGACAAAUACUUGUCUCAAUUGACCUUCUACGGCAUCACUGCGCUCGACGACCGGAUAAAGAACCCCGACCAGCUCAUCGCCGUCGACGUCGCCAAGUUUUCGAGUAGUCUGGCUGAACUGUACAGCAACCUAGCGAAGCCGCUUCUGGAUAUGACCAUCUACACCUACCAGCUAUCCAAGAGUGUCGGCGGCGAAGGCGUCGUCUUCAUGUCCCUUCUGGUCCAACUGUCGGCCAACGUCAUGCGCGCCCUGACACCGCCGUUUGGCCGCUACGUGGCCGACGAGGCCCGUCUCGAGGGCGAGUUCCGCUUCCAGCAUUCGAGGCUCAUCGACCACAGCGAGGAAGUCGCCCUGUACGCGGGCCACGGCGUCGAGAAGGACACCCUGGACAAGGGCUACUUCACCCUCAUCAAGCACGUCAACUACAUCCUGCGGCGCCGCUUCUACCACGGGUUCAUGGAGGACUUUGUCAUCAAGUACUUCUGGGGCGCCCUCGGCCUGCUGCUCUGCAGCGUGCCCGUCUUCGUCAAGAUGCCCGGCCAGAUCGCCAUGAACAUGGGCGACCGCACCGAGAGCUUCAUUACUAAUCGUCGCAUGCUGCUGUCGGCGUCGGAUGCCUUUGGUCGGGUCAUGUUUUCGUACCGCGAGAUCAUGGAGUUGGCCGGGUACACUUCCCGUGUCGACUCUCUUCUCGAGGUCAUGGACGAUAUCCGCGCCGGUCGCUUUGAGAAGAAGCUGGUCUCUAGCUCGGGUACGGAGAAUAAUGAGGCGGUUCUCAAGGGACGGGGGGCUGUCGUGGAAAGCGAGGACAUUGAGUUUACCGAUGUCCCCAUCAUCUCCCCCAACGGGGACGUCCUCGUCAAAGCCCUCUCCUUCUCCCUCAAGCCAGGAGACCACCUCCUCGUGGUGGGCCCCAACGGCUGCGGCAAGUCCUCUCUUUUUCGAAUCCUCGGAGGUCUCUGGCCCGUCUACGGCGGCACGGUCCGCAAGCCCCCCUUCUCGCAGAUCUUCUACAUCCCGCAGCGGCCGUACCUCUCUCGCGGCUCGCUCCGGCAACAGAUUACGUAUCCAGACUCGCUCCGGCAGGUCCGCGCGCGGGGGGUCACCGACGCCGACCUGCUCCAGAUGCUCACCCCCCUCGGGCUCGAGCACCUCCCCGCGCUGUACGACGGCGGGUGGGACGCCGAGGCGGAGUGGCGCGACGUCCUCUCGGGCGGUCUCCAGCAGCGCGUUGCCAUGGCGCGACUGUUUUACCAUCGCCCCAAGUACGCCAUCCUGGACGAGUGCACGAGCUCCGUCACGCUCGAUACCGAAAAAGUCAUGUACGACACGGCCAAGGCGCUCGGCAUCACCCUCAUGACCGUCAGCCACCGCCGCAGCCUGUGGAAGUACCACGAGCGCAUCCUGCAGUUCGAUGGGCAGGGGAACUACGUCUUUACGAAGCUGGAUGCCGAUCGACGGAUGAAGCUGGAGGAUGAGAAGGAGGAUUUGGAGGUGUUGUUGAGGCAGAUUCCGGAGGUGGAGAGGCGGAUUGCUGAGCUGACGGUUGGUACUAGCUAACGGGGGGAGCUGUAUAUAUGGGACGCCCGGAGAGGUCUCGGUUCGAUGAAGGGCGAUGGGGUUUUUUUUGUCCUCCCAAUCAUUCACAGCAAUGUCAAGCGAUAUAACGAAAAUCGAAAGGGGCUGGGGCUUGUUGGUGAAAUCGGUGGAAACUAGAGCGAGCCAUGACACUCAGUCAUCUACACUGGCGGCGUCUGGUUCUAUCCUAUCCGUCCAAGCCCGUCGUAUGAAGCGUGGUAGCAACGCCAUCUCGUCGGCCCAUGCAUCCAACCCAGGGGCCAAAUGGUCCAGCUGAGGCUCCUUGUGGCUGCGGCUUCGACCACGGCAGCAACUCACCUUCGAGGCUUGGACAUCCAGGUAACAUUCUAAUCUACCGUAUGUUCUCCAGACUCUAAAAGAAGUGGCUUGCC